GUUUUGCAGGAAGAAGCUGCAACAGUCGUCGCGGAGUCUCCAAGGACGCAGCGCAACAUCCAGAUUUUCCGCGCAACUCACCGGGAGUGUGUGAACACAUGUAGACGGCGGGGAGGAUGGCAGCCGCCUCCACCGACUCGGGACAGGGCUCCUCCAAAAUCACCCCCGAAGUGCUCCAGGAGAUGCUCCAGUACUACAACCUGAGCCGUCAGGAGUUCAUCAAUACCUACAACAUCCAGCCGCUCGUCUACGUCCCCGAGCUGCCGCGCAGCGCCAAGAUCACCUUCGUGAUCAUGUACGUGCUGAUCUUCGUCCUGGCUCUGGCUGGAAACACUUUGGUCAUCUAUAUAGUAGUGAAAAAACGCGCCAUCCAGACAGCAACGGAUAUUUUCAUCUGCUCUCUGGCAGUCAGCGACCUGCUCAUCACUUUCUUCUGCAUCCCUUUCACUUUGUUGCAGAAUAUCUCUUCAGAGUGGUUUGGAGGGGUUCUUGUUUGCAAGACUGUGCCCUUCGUGCAGACGACAGCCAUCGUGACCGGCAUCCUCACUAUGACCUGCAUUGCUAUUGAGAGAUACCAGGGCAUUGUUUUCCCACUGAAAAUGAGGCGACAGUACUCUUCCAAAAGAGCAUACAAGGUUCUAGGACUUGUAUGGAUCGCCUCUGUGGUUGUGGGUUCUCCAAUGCUUUUUGUGCAGCAGCUGCAGGUCAAGUAUGACUUCCUGUACGAUCACUACCACGUGUGCUGUCAGGAGAGCUGGAGCUCGUUGACCUACAGGCAGGCGUACACCACCUUCAUCAUGGUGGCACUUUUCCUGCUCCCUUUGACAGCAAUGCUCUUCCUCUACACCCGCAUUGGAAUCGAGCUGUGGAUCCGCAAGAGGGUUGGUGACGCUUCGGUUCUCAAUACCAUGAACCACAGGGAGAUCGGCAAAAUUUCAAGGAAAAAGAAAAGAGCCGUUAAAAUGAUGGUGACCAUUGUUCUGCUUUUCACCAUCUGCUGGGCACCAUUCCACACGGUUCACAUGCUGUUUGAGUACAAUGACUUGGAGAAGAAAUACGACGGAGUCACUCUCAACAUGAUCAUUGCCAUCGUUCAGGCGGUGGGGUUUUUCAACAGCUUCAACAACCCCAUUGUGUACGCCUUCAUGAACGAGAACUUUAAGAAGACCUGCGUCUCCACUCUCUCCCGCUGCAUCCGAAAAUCCAACCAGCAGAGAGGCGCGACAGUGGCGCCGCGGCUGAGCGUGCAGUUCAUCAAACCCCAGAGCAGAGAGGCCUUCCUGAACCCAGAUGAGGGGAACUCCUCGGAGCAGGCCUCUGCGGAGAAAGGCGCCUCCAGCUCGCUGCACAGAGAACGCUCCCUGGAAGUGAUCGGAGAGAAGAUCUCCACCGUCCAAACGGAAAUCCCUGCCAACAGCUCGUCUCAAGUCAAAUGAGAGAUGACCAGAUCUGAGGCUUUGGAACCCUCACCUCCUGCUGUUUCCUGUUGCCUGCUGGGAUAUGAAGCCAGCAGCUGCAAGUCUUAUAAAUGGGACUGAAGGAAAAGGAGAAAUAAAAAAAUAAAAAUCAAUCUGACAGGAUUUCUUCGUGGAUGUUUUUGCAUGACAGUGUGGAGCUUGUGAAGGAAUAUUGUACGGAGGCGUUCUUACCGUCAACACUUUGGAAACUAACAAGAAAGUGGGGGAAAAAGACAACAAUUUUUUGCGGUAUACUUGACAUUUGGAAAACAGACAUUUUUUGCUUUUGACUGUUUUUAAAUUUAUUCAAUCCUGAAUUCAAUAAAACUCAUUUUUAUUUUUGAUCAACAAACUUUUUUGCACUAAAGAUUGCGGAAAAGUUGAUUUAAAAAAAUCUCUUUAGUAAUGAAAUAGUGUUCUCUGACUAAAGAGCAUGCGUUUAUGUUUACAAAGUAAAAAAAAACAAGAUUUCUGUAUUUUGGAUUGCAUGUAGUCUUGUUUCUGCAAACGGGUGCUUAUCAGUCAUUUUCCGACCAAGCAUAAUAUUUCCUCCCUCCCCCCCAGGCUUUAAAAACUCCUCAAACUGUGAGGUGCAUCAGCUGCAUGUGAACAUACAAUGUGUUUUCACAGCGAAAAAUUGGAUUUCAUUUGUGACUUGAGCUAUCAUUGCAAUUAUUUUAUCUGGUUUGACUGUGAGGAAUGUAUUUAUUUUGUGAUUUUUGGUUUGGCUGCUCUCUGUUUACACCAGCUGCCCUUGACUCCUUGCUUGUGAUCCAUUCAAGCUGCUGUAAUCGAUCAAAGGAUGCACCAACUUUCCAUCUACCCCUCUAGAAUCCAAAAAAAAAACAACUACUGACUUCUCAUCUCAGCAAGCCUGUGGAUGGAAAAAGGUUUUGGGACACCUGGGAUUGGUACUUACAGAGGCUAAAAUUGGACCCAGCAUGUGGUUGGAGUUUAAAUCUGCCUUCAAUUAUCUGCUUCUGAAUCAAAUCAGUGCAAAUGUCUGUAAUUUGUCACCGUUCUGCUGUGUGGAGAUGGAAUCUGCAUAAAAUUUGCAUACAUACCGAGUCAUGAUGAAUGUAUUUGUCACAACAUUGAAUCGGGGCGAGACGGUUUCACAUCAGAAGUGAAGCAACGUGAGCAAACAGGAUUAAAAGAAGACCAAAAAACAUUUUUAGAUUGUAAAGGUGUUAACAACAAAAAAUUGGAGAAACAUAUUUUUGUAAUGUCUAAAAAAGAUUUGCGUAAUUUCACUUUUUACUUUUAAUAAUGUGUUGAACUUCAAUCUGGUAAAUACGUCAUCCUGGUUUUUCUUUUUAUCUUG